UUCAGAGCUGUGCUGCCAUUAAAUCAUAAACGUGAAGAAUGUUAUCCAGACAACUGCUGCACCAUGGAGGAGUUAUUCAGCAGACUGAGAGAACUGGCUGAACAAAGACAUCUCAUGCCGACAGACAAAAGAUCUGCUGACCGACCUCCGUCAUAUAGAGCAUCACACUCUCAAAUGAAGACAGGAAAUCACUCUGACAACAAAGUGAACCUUGUUCUGCUGGGAAUGUCCGGGACUGGAAAGAGUGCAAGUGGAAACACAAUCCUGGGAAAGGAACGGUUCUUGUCAAGAGCCAGUUCAGUGCCAGUCACCACAGAGUGUGAGGUGAAAGAAACUGAGAUAAACGGUACAUAUGUGCGUGUCAUUGAUACCCCAGACAUCUUUGAUGAUGACAUCAAAUCAUCAGUUAAGGACCAACAUGUGACAAAGUGCAAACAGCUUCUUCAGCCAGGGCCUUGUGUGUUCUUACUUGUGAUACAUGUUAGCAGAUUCACAGAUGGUGAGAGAGACAUACUGAGAAAGUUUGAAGAAGCUUUUGGUCCCAGAGCUAAAGAACAAACAAUCAUCCUGUUUACCCAUGAGAAAGAGCUGCAGCGUGCAAACAUGAGCUUGGAGGAUUUUUUGCAGAACUGCCAGCCUGAACUCAAGAACAUAGUUGAUCAGUGUGGUAGAAGAUGUGUUGUUUUUGAGAACAAAGCCUCACGUCAACGUCAAGUGACAGAGCUCAUGCACAAAGUGGACGAGAUGUUAAAUAAAUGGUAGAAUCAAUAAGUGUGCAUGUAUCAGACCAGAUCAAUAAAGUGUUGGAUGUGAUUUCUUUGUAUAUAGAUAUAAACAGGUUAGACUGUAAAAUGAUUCAACAGCUUGAAUUGUCUGAUUGUUUAAUUUGAAAUGAUUUGUCAGUUAUGAAUUUCAUGUUUGGUUUUUCUCUCACUUUGCUUCUUAAUAAUCACUAUUUAACCGACUUUAUUUUAAUGUUAUGUUUGUUUAGUUUGUCAAAUAAGCCAAAUAUUUCUCUACUGGUGAAAUUGUUCCUUCUUUCUUUGUUAACCUUUGUAAACUGUGAUGGAAUGAGAUAAAUAAACAUUACAUUUACCAAUAAAAGCAAGUAGUGUAAUACA